AUGAAGACCCAUCUAAGCACAAUGCUCCUUCUUCACAGCAUAUCCUCAAACUCAACCAGUGAAAUAAAUCAGAUAAGUAAUAGUAGAGUGUGUGUGUUUUUUUCUCUCUCUCUCUCUCUCUCUCUCUCUCUCUCUCUCUCUCUCUCUCUCUCUCUCUCUCUCUCUCUCUCAAGCAUGACUCGACAUUUCUUCCUCUGUCUCUGUCUCUGUCUCUGUCUCUCUCUCUCUCUCUCUCUCUCUCUCUCUCUCUCUCUCUCUCUCUCUCUUGGUAUGAUUAGCCUUAUAUGGUAUUGUCUGUCUAUCUAUCUGUCUGUCUGCCGGCGUGUCUGUCCUUUCAUAUGUACCAUCAGUUUGUUCAUAUUUAUUUAUUUAUUUAUUUAUUUAUUUAUCUAUCUAUCUAUCUAUCUAUCUACUAUUCUUUUUUUUUCAUAUUUUCUAUUUGAUUACAUUACUAGUUUGUUUUCGCUGUCCUCUUUAUACUUGAGUCCAACGAGUGUAGUUGGUGAUGAUUUAUUUCUAUCGCUAAGAGUACAUCAUUAUAAUAGAUCAAUAUGUGAGCUUGUAGAUGCUAUUAAAAAAAACGACGGUACCAACCGAUAUCCAAUCUACCAAACUUCUUUUGAACUUCCUUUGCGCAUUUUCCCGCUUCUCGCACCUUAUGUAACGGAUGACAUUUAUUUUUAG